UUUAUUAAUUAGAAUGUCAUCUUCUGAGUAUGUACAUCGCCCUAGACCAGCUGGAAUUGCUGGGGAAAUAUUUGGAAAGCAACAAUCAAAAUAUAACGAAUUGGAAGGUAAUCAUUUGCUGGAAUGGAUUAAAGAACUGGUAAAGGAUGAUGCCGUAAAUACAGACGGAUCAAGACAAAACUUUCAUACCCAAUUGAAGGAUGGGCAAUUGUUGUGCAGACUUUUGAAUGCUGUCGAACCUGCAACUGUCAAAAAAGUUAUGAAACCGAUCUCAAACUUCAAUUGUAUGGAAAAUAUCAACCAAUUCGUUACUGGCGCUCGCAAGCUUGGUGUAAUUGAUGAAGAAACAUUUCAAUCUGUUGAUCUUUUAGAAGGACGAGAUUUAUUUUCUGUUUGUGUAACUUUACAGGCACUCGCAAGAAAAGUAAGUCUAAAUAGUUGGCCCCCGACCCUGCCCGCCCGAUGAUUUUUAGGCCAUUCCCUAGCCUGAUCCCCAACGAGAUCCACGGCAUUUUCGAGCAC